AUGGAAAUCGCCACACGAGCGCUCUCUUUCUGGACAUAUCAGACCACCCAAGAAGCAUGUUUCCAGGAGAUGAUGUACAGAGACUUACAGGAGAAAUACCAAAGACUUGAAAAGCAUUUGCAUAUGUUUAAUAGAGAAGCAAGAACCGAGUUUUGCGCAUUAAGAGAAAAGCUGUCAGCUCUAGAAAAGGAGUUGGAGUUGGAAAAACGGAAAAAUGUUGAAAUCAACGACCAGCUCCAAGAAAAGGGUCGACAGUUUACAAAGUUACAGGCAAGUUCGAAUACAAAGGCUUUUUUUAUUAUACGUCAUACUUAUAACGGAUAUUGUGUUAUUCUUUAUCCACAAUUGCAGUCAAUGUACGACCAGCUAAAGCGUAGAACAUUGGUGCCUACAAUGACUAGAAAUGCAACCGGAAACGGAAGACCAGGAACGACAAAUGACGUAAUACAAUAUUGUUUGCUUCAUAAUAAUAACCCUGACCCUUGCUCUAAAAUACUAGAUGCAACGUUUGCGAACGGUCCCCGUAUACAUGGGUAUUCCCCAGUGCGAAACGGUCAAGCUUCAAAGGCGCCUAACAGGCGACCAUUCUCUGGACCGCCCAACGCUGGCAUGCGGUUUAUGCCGCCGGCAACACGAGGAACCACGAGAUGA